AUGGACCCCUUCUCGUUUGUGACCUCGGAGUCGCUGGACUAUCCGCUGAGUGUUCGCAUAAUCAACCUCGAAGGAGAAGAAGCCCCCCAGAAAGCUUCUGAGCUGUUACAGAGGCCUGACCUCCGCCACAUCGGCUCCAACACCAGUGUGCACUCAGACUUAUACGUUACUGCGCAGGUCUGGGCCGGCUCAAAACCCUUGACCGUUCCCGUGCAGACUUCAUACAAGCCAUUCAAGAACGAGAGGAGCUGGAACGAGUGGCUCGACAUUCCUAUCCCAUAUAAAUCGCUUCCUCUCAACUCCCGCCUUGCCAUCACAAUAUGGGACGUCUCGCCUAUAGGGGGCAGGCAAGCCCAGGGCCACGCCAUCCCUUUCGGCGGCACGACCUUGCCUCUCUUCGAUAAGGAAAGUCAGGUUCAGAAGGGCAGACUGAAAUGUGCGGUCCACAGGCACCAGCUGGCCGACGGCCACGAUGACACGACUACCCCUUCUGCGUCCCCUAAAAGGAGGACCGGAUCAAAGAAGAUCGAAACCAUUGUGGACAAGGAGGCCGAGGAGCUUGAGCGCAUGGACAAACUGUUCAAGAAAUACGAGAUGAACGAGAUCCCCAAGGUCGAGUGGCUUGACCAGAUGGUCUGGCGUCUGUCCGAGAAGCGUGGCGCGGCAGCGACGAGGAAUUCCAUCAAGUCUCUCCAGAGGCAAGCCAGCCUAAGGCAGGAGAAUGGCACGGAAGCAGAUGACGGCGCCGACGGAAAGGACGAGACUCGCACUCAGCCUGGGCCCUCGAGGUUUACUCUGACCAUCGAGCUGCCGCGGUUCGAUUUCCCUAUCGUCUUCACUGAUCAUGAAUAUCCGCCACCGCCGAUUUCAUCAGUACAGCACCUGUCAGCAUCUCAGUCGCAUUUCGAUCUCAAGCCACCUCCCGAGGUCCAGCUCGGCCCUGGUAUUAACGGUACCAAGGGUGGGGGUAGCCGCGUCGUCCGCAUAUACGACCCCGAAGUCGCAGCAAGGGACAAUCCGGCAGAGGCAAAACACCGGCGACUAGUGCGAAGUCAGCACCGGCAUGGCACUCUCGAUAAGGACUUGAAGCCCAAUGCCAAGGUCAGAGACGAGUUGAAUGUGAUAAUGGCAUAUUCUCCUACCCACAGCCUCACCCCUGAGGAGAAGGAUCUCGUCUGGAAGUUCCGCUAUCACUUGACCAAGGAUAAGCGCGCCAUGACCAAGUUUGUCAAGUCGGUCAACUGGCAAGACCAGAGCGAGUCCAAACAGGCUAUCCAGGUCAUGGCGAAGUGGACUGAGAUUGAUGUGGACGACGCCCUGGAGUUGCUAGGCCCAACCUUUGACGCCCCGGCUGUGCGUUCUUACUCCGUUGAUCGGUUACAGAAAGCCGACGACAACGAGCUGCAAUUAUAUCUGUUGCAGCUUGUACAGGCACUUAAAUUCGAGCCCGUGCCGACGGAUCCGAAUGAGCCGACGACAGAGGCGUCGUCGCUGGCCAUGUUCUUGAUAUCCCGGGCCGUGCAGAACUUCACGCUGGCCACCUACCUUUAUUGGUAUCUUGUUGUCGAAUACGAUGAUAAGAGCCCCGAGCAGGGCCAGGAAGUCCGUACCAUGUAUGCAAAAGUGUUGCACGACUUCAUGGUCGAGCUAGAAAACCAGCCAGGCGGUUCCGAGGUCAGGAAAACAUUGCUGCGGCAAGCUGAACUCAUCACGGUCCUGUCCAAGAUAUCUGGGGAGGUCAAAAACGCCAGCGAGACGACAUCACAGAAGAUUGAAAGAGUCAAACGCUUCUUGGCUGAUCCGAAGAACGAACUCUUGACCAUCGAUCCGCCGGUCCCACUUCCGUUGGAUCCCUCUGUCAUCGUCGUUGGUGUGAUUCCGGAAGAAACGCGUGUCUUCAAGUCUUCGUUGUCGCCAAUCAUGGUGACAUUCAAGACUGAGUCGGGGGGCAAAUACCCAAUGCUGUUCAAGACUGGUGACGACUUGCGGCAGGAUCAACUGGUAAUCCAAAUCAUCACACUCAUGGACCAGCUCCUGCAAAAAGAGAAUCUCGAUUUAAAGCUUUCCCCGUACAAGAUCCUGGCCACCAGCACUACAGCCGGCGCCUCGCAGUUUGUCCCCUCGCAAACAUUCGCGGCGAUAUCGUCCAAAUACGGGAGCAAUCCAGCCAUUGGAUACCUGAAGCAGCAUAAUCCUGAUUCGCGAGCCUAUCAAGGUGUUCGCAAGGAGACGUUGGAAACGUUUGUGAAAUCUUGCGCUGGGUACUGCGUCAUCACGUAUAUCUUGGGUGUCGGUGAUCGCCACCUGGAAAAUCUUUUGCUCGCACCGGAUGGCCACUUCUUCCACGCUGAUUUUGGUUUCAUCCUGGGGCGAGACCCGAAGCCAUUCGCGCCAGCAUUGAAGUUGAGCAAGGAGAUGGUAGAUGCCAUGGGGGGAUUCAGUCCCCCGAGCGAGCUCUAUCUGCAAUUUAAGCAGUACUGCUUCCUUGCAUUCACGGCACUGCGGAAGUCGUCCAACUUGAUUCUUAACCUGUUCAGCCUCAUGGUGCAUGCCAACAUCCCUGAUAUCAAGAUCGAGCCAGACAAGGCUGUCUUCAAAGUCAAAGAUAGGUUCCAUCUGGACCUCAACGAAGAGGAUGCCAUUCGGCUGCUGGAGGGGAUUAUGGAAGACAGUCUGACGGGCUUCAUGCCUGUGAUGAUCGACCGACUUCACGCAUUUACACAGGCGCUGAGAACCUAA